AUGCCAGAGGGACAUCUCUCUCACGAUGAGUUUUUCAACAAACUGGGGGAGCUCUUUACUUCCCGGAAGGGCAAGGAUCACGGCUCGGUCUAUCUGACCCAAAAACGACAGGACCCCCUCGCAGAUAUCUCCGCCACGCUCGCAGCUGAGGGCAACUCGGAUGCUACCCCACCAUCCACGUACCCUGUCCUCGUCCGCGCCACGAACGGCAAGGCUGGUGAGGCCAGGAAGGCUGGCAGGCGUGUGAAGCUGGCGACGGUAGUCGACUCGAACGCGCUGGACGCCUUUUACGCGCGGUACGCUGAGAUCUGCAAGGCAGGCAUGAUGGCGCUCAAGCCGAGGGACAGGAGCAAGAGGAAGACCAAGGCGAAGAAGAAGAAGGGCGCUACAGCUUAA